AGAAGCCAAACCCGUGAGAAUGUGGCUUUGGCUUUAUUUCCUUCUUAACAUAUUUUAGGCGUGCAGUAUUUGUGACAUAUAAGUCUCCACAGUGAACUCUGUCUUCACAAGCAGCUUUGACACCUGCGAAGCUCUGGUACACAGAAGGAAUAUUUUUUACUCUCUUUUGACUUAAAGACAUCGGCAGAGAGAAUCAUCAUUCUGCAAGAUCAAAAACAUGGAGCUGACGACUUCAGACUAUUAUUAUAAUAUAAAUGUUACAGAUGAAUACGUAGAUGAUGAGCUCUGCAACCUCGACCCUAACCCCGUGGAGGUCAUCACCCAAACGUACAUCCAUUCCAUCAUCUGUGCCUUCGGCCUGAUCGGCAACGCUCUUGUAAUCUUCACCUACAUAUUCUACAAGAGAACCAAGACGAUGACAGAUGUCUAUCUCUACAAUGUAGCUGUGGCAGACCUGAUCUUUGUGUUAGCUCUGCCGUUUAUCAUAUACAACGAGCAGCACAGUUGGUCAAUGGGCACUGUGGCUUGCAAGAUUCUGAGGUCAGCCUACAGUGUCAACCUCUACAGUGGCAUGCUCCUGCUUGCGUGCAUUAGUGGCGACCGUUACAUUGCUAUAGUUUGGGCGAGAAGAUCCUUCGGUGCUCGUGCUCGCACCCUGACCUACAGCCGCCUUAUCUGCUCAGCUGUUUGGCUGUUUGCUGUGGUUUUAACACUGCCCACACUCCUCUACACUGAAAGCUUCGAAGAGCUGAAUUUUGAGACUGGCACUGUCACUGUGAUGUGUGAACUGUCUUUCAGCAAAAAUGAAACCGCAAAGUUAGUGAAGGUGGUGGUUCCCAGCCUUCAAAUGGCCAUUGGCUUCCUGCUGCCUCUGUUGGUGAUGGUGUUCAGCUACUCCAGCAUCGUGUUCACCUUACUGAGAGUGCAGAGCAGCCAGAGGCACAAGGCCGCCCGGGUGAUUUUGGCAGUUGUUGUGGUUUUCAUCGUGUGCCACCUUCCCUACAAUGUGGCUCUGCUGAACCACACCCUGUCUCUUUUUAGCCAGCGGGGUUGUGAGGCAGAGAAGAUUAAACUCCAAGUUCUGGCCAUUUCCAGGAGCAUAGCCUACCUGCAUUGCUGUCUCAAUCCCAUCCUCUAUGCCUUCAUUGGGGUGAAGUUCAGGAGCCACUUCCGGCAAAUAAUAUUGGACUUAUGGUGCUUUAGCAAAAAGUACAUCUACAAUGCUCGCUCGUCACGCGGGACAUCCGAUGUUUGCAUCUCGGGCCGCAUGUCUGUAGAUGGCUCCAGCAACGUGGCAUCAUUCAGUGCAUGACACCGCAGUGGUACAAAGCCUUUACAGGGUCUGAUUAGAAAUGGCAACAAUCGAGCAGCCUCUCAUCUUUCUUUCCCAAGCAGUUACUUUGCUGUAGCCACAGUGGAGGUAAAAGCAUCUGUGCAAAAAUGUGCUUAAAUAAAACAUGCAGUGUAUUUGAAAUCUAUUGCUCAGCCAACAUGUGACCUUCAAUAUAAGAUAUUGUAAUAUUGUAGAGAUCUUAUUUUUCCAAACUGUUCUAAAAGGCACAGCUUAGAGAGUUAGUCACUUCCUACAUGAAUGAAAUUUGUAUGAUCUAAAAUGCAACAUAAAUACACAUGAUCAAAGUCACAUUGAUGGUUUAGAAAAUACUUAAGUCUAACAUGCUUGUUGCUAUCUUUAAAAUAUAUAUCUGGAGGCACUGAUGUAUAAUUGUGACACAUUUGCAAAUCUUUAUCUUGUAAUUGUCGCUAUAACAUCAGCUUCCUGUUUUCUUGUAUUCAUAUGUAUGAGGUUGACUGAGUCUGAAAAAAAGAUAAAAAUCUGAAGAGGUCUUGUCUACACAUUUUCUCGAACCGCAUACAUAUCCUAUUUUGUUAUAAGGUUUUUGUUAAUAUUUUGUAUAUCUGAUUGUAUUUUUCUGUUGCAUUGCAUUGAUUAAACUGUCUCUGAAAAAGUU